AUGCGCAACAUCCUGCGCGUCCCGCCAACGAUCCGACCACUCCUGCUUCACGCCUCCCGGGCUCCCUACCACUCCUACGAACACGUACAACCCUCACCCUACCGCGAGGCAGAAAGAGAGAUACUAUCAGCCGGCCUAACCCACGUCCCGACUCAUGGGUUCACGCAUGAGGCGCUCACGACAGGAGCAAAGGAUGUCGGGUAUCUUGAAGUCUCCACAAACCUCUUCCCCAAAGGGCCAUUCGAGCUGGUCAACUAUUAUCUGGUGACGCAACGGCUCGGCCUCAAAGACAGGAUACAGUUCCCCAGCGAGAAAAUGGGCGUGGGCGCGCGAGUCCGAAGUCUCGUGCUCGAACGGCUUCGCGCAAACGUCGAUAGCGGCGUGCAGCCUCGCUGGCAGGAAGCGCUGGCCCUCAUGUCGCUCGCGGAGAACAUCCCUGCUUCCCUGCGAGAGCUGCGCGAUCUCUCUGACGAGAUCUGGUUUUUGGCUGGAGAUACUGCGGUGGACAGUUCGUGGUACACGAAGAGGGCGUCAUUGGCGGGCAUCUACGCUGCUACGGAGGUGUAUCAGACGACGGAUCAGUCGGCGGAUUUCAGGGACACUGAGGAGUUCCUGGACAGAAGGUUGGAGGGCUUGAGGACGGUUGGCAGUGCGAUGGGGAACACGAUGGAGUGGGUGGGUUUCCAAGGUGGUGCGCUUGUGAACUUGUUGAGGAGCAAGGGCGUCAGAAUAUAA